GUAGUAUGCUAUGGUAACAGUCACAUUUAAUAAAGAGGAGAGGAGGACGGACAGGAAGCAGCGUGGGCAGCCUCUCUGUGUCAUCACCGCCUGCGUCACACCAGACAGACGCCAGGAGGGAGUUUUCCACUGACGAGAAAAAGAAAGGCUGCGCUUCUCGGCACCGAGCUCCAGACAAGAGACGCGCUUCAGCUGGUACGGAGCGGAGCGGAGCGGAGAGACGCAGACAAUAGCACCCAGAGAGGAAGGAGUCUCUCUCUCUCUCUCUAUAGCCUAUAUAUAUAUAUUUAUACAUAUAUGUAUGCGAGGAUAAAGCAAAAGGCUGUAUUUAUUCGUGCCAUUUUGGAUUGUACUGCCACUGUUCUCCCAUCGGGCUGUUUAUUAUCCGACGCUAUUCUGUUCCUGAUGGUGAUCGGACACUUGAAUUGGUGAUUGCUCGCACUAACGCCAUGAGUGGGCUGCUCAAGAGGAAGUUUGAGGAGGUGGAUGAGGACCCAUGCUACUCCUCACCCUCCUCCCUCUCCUCUGCCUGCUCGGGCUGGGACUCGGAGGGGGAGAGCUGCUACUCGGACACCCUGGAUUCCACUCCCAGCAACCCCAGCUCCCCAGCAACAAAUUUCAACACAACAUCCAUCCUUAAGAAAUCCAAGAGGGCACGACGGGGCAACGUGACCUUCGACCAGGUGAACGUGUUCUUCUUCCCUCGGUGCCAAGGCUUCACCAGUGUUCCCAGUCGAGGAGGAUGCACUCUGGGCAUGAUGCAGCGCCACAGCGUGCUCCGCACGUACACGCUUGCCGAGUUCGCCGUGGAGCAGCGGCUCCUACGACGGGAAAAGUUCCUCAACAGACUCAGGGAGGAAAAGCUGGAAGCUCUCAAGUUAAAGCUGACUAAGAAUGGAACCGAAGAGAACGAGGAGGCAGAGCGGCUAACGGUGGAAGACAUUCCCGAGCAGGACAUCGACAUCAGCGGGACCAAUUUGGACGAGGGCUCUUUCCUCCAGCCUUACGCGCCUAAACGUCGCUACGCGCUCCUCAAAACGGCCGGCGUGAAGAAGAUAGACAAAGAGGAGAAGAGGCAGCUGCACGAGCUGAGGAUCUCCAGGGAGAACUGCGGUUGCGACUGCCAGGGCUUCUGCGAGCCUGAGACGUGUAGCUGCAGCCUCGCUGGCAUCAAAUGUCAGAUGGAUCAUUCCUCUUUCCCGUGUGGCUGCACCAAGGACGGUUGCGGAAACACAGAAGGUCGCAUCGAGUUCAACUCCACCAGGGUACAGACGCAUUACAUCCACACAAUCAUGAAGCUGGAGCUGGAGAAGAGGCUGGAGGAGCAGUCGAGCACCGAGGAGGAGGAGGAGAACGCGACCACCCUAUCAGCAGUGCCCUCCUUCCCCUUUAGUUCGGAACUGGCGACAGCUGGAGAGAACAGCUGCAGCAGCGAUAUGACGGACUUAUCGGACUCUUCGGGUCAGAGCGAGGACUCUUCUGCAGGCGGUAGCCCGUGCGAGCGUCACACCCAGCUGGACGUGGACGAGAAAGGCCUGAGCCGCAUUUUGAGUUUCAACGACGUGGAGAGCGGCUCGAGAAGUAGCAGAGACUGUAAAGACAUGUGCUGUUCAGAUCAACAGCAAGAACAGCCAUGUACGGAGGCUUUUGGUAGCUUUAGCAUGGUGGACUUUGUUGACGAGAAUGACAAUAUAGACGCCGCGCUGUUGGACGAUCACACAGACAAUCGAGCAACAGCCAUCUCAGAACUUAUGGACGAGAACGCCAACCAGGGAAACGGCCUAUUCCACAACAGCAGCGUGCCUCGCACGCCCUCCCCGACCAUCGACCGCUCGGCGAGCUACAACAUGGAUCUGAGCCUCUCCUCGGAGUCGGACCUGGAGUUCUUCGACGGCUUCCCAUGCUUGGGGCCCAGCUCGCUCUACAACUCCCUCAAGGAGUACGAACACAUGGACAACUUCUUUCAAUUUCAGUUGCCUAGUUACCCCAGCUUCCCUCCGGCGAGCGACCCCGGGACCUGCCUCCUGGAGUCGCUCAUUGGCCUUUCGGAAUCCGUCCCAGAACCCCCCGCCACAUUUACAGACAAUCAGCUGUUGGAGGAAGCCAUGAAAUUGUCUGUGAUGGAGUCUGUGAAAGUUUGA